UGCCCCAUCAUUGGUGUCAGUGGGGGGAGGAAUAGUGCCCCAUCCUUUGGUGUCAGUGGGGGGAGGAAUAGUGCCCCAUCCUUGGUGUCAGUGGGGGGAGGAAUAGUGCCCCAUCCUUGGUGUCAGUGGGGGGAGGAAUAGUGCCCCAUCCUUGGUGUCAGUGGGGGAGG